GAAGAGGGCGGUCACCGAAUCAUCGUCACCGACAUGGACGUAGAACUGACGGCGAGAAAUCGCGCGGGGUUGUUCGACGAGGAGGCGGCGGCGCUGGCAAACGAGGAGGAGAAGGAAGUCGCGCAUCAGGUGGAAGACUACCCUCCGGUGAAGUCUCCUCAGGCCGCAUGGGACCUGUUCUUGGCAGAAUCCAACAAGCUCUGGUCCGUCGGAGCUCCGAUCACGUUCAACGUCAUGUGCCUUUUCGGGUUCAACUCCUCCACGCAGAUCUUCGUCGGGCACAUCGGAAACCUCGAGCUCUCCGCCGUCGCCGUCGCCCUCAACGUCGUCUCCACCUUCUCCUUCGGCCUUCUCCUCGGAAUGGGGAGCGCGCUGGAGACGCUCUGCGGGCAAGCCUUCGGUGCCGGGCAGGUGGAGCUGCUGGGCGUCUACAUGCAGCGGUCGUGGAUCAUCCUCUUCUCGUCUUCGGUCCUCAUGUGCCCGCUCUACGUCUUCGCCGGCCCGAUCCUGAAGCUCAUCGGCCAGGAGGAGGAGAUCGCGGAGCUCGCCGGGAAGUUCACCGUGAGCAUCAUCCCGCAGAUGUUCGCGCUGGCCGUCAACUUCCCGACGCAGAAGUUCCUGCAGGCGCAGAGCAGAGUGGCGGCGCUGGCCUGGAUCAGCUUCCUGGCCCUCCUCCUCCACGUCGGCCUGCUGGCGCUGUUCUUGUUCGCGUUCGGGUGGGGCCUGGGCGGCGCGGCGGCAGCCUUCGACAUCUCGGCGUGGGUGGUGUCGCUGUCGCAAGUGGCGUACGUGGUGGGCGGCGGCAACCCGGGGUGGACCGGGUUGUCGGCGGCGGCGUUCAAGGAGAUUUGGGCUUUCGUUCGGUUGUCCUUGGCCUCCGCCGUGAUGCUUUGCCUCGAGGUCUGGUACAUGAUGAUCCUCACCGUGCUCACCGGCCACCUGGACAACGCCGAGAUCGCCGUUGGCUCUAUCUCGAUCUGCAUGAACAUCAAUGGCUGGGAAGGCAUGAUCUUCAUUGGAUUGAACGCUGCAAUCAGCAUCCGAGUCUCAAAUGAACUCGGGUCGGGCCGACCGCGAGCGACCAUGUACGCUGUGAUCGUGGUGCUGGUUCAGUCGCUUGCGAUCGGGCUGCUCAGCAUGGUGCUCUUACUCGCCACUCGCAACCACUUCAGUGCCAUCUUCACAAAUGACAUAGACAUGCAGAGGGCAGUGGCCCAAAUAGCUUAUCUUCUAGGAAUCACCAUGGUUCUCAACAGCAUCCAGCCAGUUAUUUCAGGUGUGGCUGUUGGAGGUGGUUGGCAAGCUCUUGUCGCAUACAUCAACUUGGCUUGCUACUACAUUUUCGGGCUCCCGCUCGGGUUUCUCAUGGGUUAUGUUUUCCAUUGGGGAGUUCAGGGAAUUUGGUUCGGUAUGCUUUGUGGGACUUUUAUCCAAACCCUGGUUCUGCUGUUCAUAAUCUGGAAAACAGAUUGGAAGGCUGAGGCAGUCCAAGCCGCAGAACGCGUGCGAUUGUGGGGCGGACAAGAAGACAAAAUUCCAAUUUUAGACAGAGAGAUGAGCAAAAACUAGUGUUAUGCAAUGGCGGAGUGGGCCAAGGAAGGCCACUAUCACAUCAAACUUUCAGCCUUCCCCUAAGGAUAUUAAUCGAGAGAACCUAACCUUAAGAAAGAUUAGCUUUAGCACAAUCUUAAAUGGAAAGCAAAGAUUUUUAUUUCUGGAUUAAAUAAAUUACAAAGUAGAUUCCUCUUUAUAUAGAUGUUUACAGAUGAUUUAUUAAACAACAAAAGAAAAUUAGAAGACUAGAUAUAUUCCAAGAUAAUUAUGAAGAUAGGAUAAUUUGAUUGUUUCUUUGUAAUGAAAUGCCUUAAGAUUGUACCUCUAACAGUAACAUCCUCACAGCAUGAUACAGAAGCUACACAAGUCAGUUUCCUCACUAUGCUCUAUAUUUCACCAAUUCGGGUGCAGAAAAAAGUGAUUAUUGCUAUAUAUGCUUAUGCUUCCAACAUUUAGUAGACAAUAAUAAUUUGGCUUCUAGGUAAACUUCUGUUUUGUUUUAAACCACUAUUUUAACAUAGUACUACAACGAAAGAGGAUUAAAUUGAGACAUCAAUACUGCACAUUCCACCCAAUAGCCAGAUUAUUGCUGUACAAGAAAAAAAUGACUAAUGAACAUG